CGGAUUUCAGGGUGAAACUUUUCUACGAGCGUCCUCCGGUUUGCUUGUUGUCCAGAAAAGCUGAAAAGACUCGCGCAGUCCAGCCAGGAGACACCAAAUUGUCGUGGAAAUUAGACAACACUCACAGACUCGUCCUCUGAAGCGAGAAGCCUGUGUCACUGAUGCCAGAUGCUGAUCACCUAUGGCUGUGCUCAGUCCGUGCGUGAGCACUUUGAUGAGUGCGGCAGGAGAGCAGGCCGACAUACUGUCGGUGGGGAACAUGGUCCGGGACCGCUGGAGGGUGAUUAAGAAGAUCGGUGGCGGAGGCUUUGGGGAGAUCUAUGAAGUCCUGGACCAGCUGAACCAUUGUAACGUGGCUCUUAAAGUGGAGUCGGCUCAGCAACCCAAACAGGUCUUAAAGAUGGAGGUGGCCGUUCUCAAGAGGCUCCAGGGUAAGGACCAUGUCUGCCGCUUCGUCGGUUGUGGGCGUAACGAUCGAUUCAACUACGUGGUGAUGGAGCUUCAGGGAAGGAACUUGGCCGACCUCCGGCGCACUAUGAGCCACGGUAUGUUCUCGGUGUCCACCACGCUCAGGCUCGGCCGACAGAUUCUGGAGGCUAUCGAGAGCAUCCACUCGGUGGGCUUCCUGCACAGAGACAUCAAACCGUCCAACUUUGCCAUGGGUCGACUGACGAGUACAUGCCGAACCUGCUACAUGCUCGACUUCGGUUUGGCGCGCCAGUUUACAAACUCCUGCCAAGAAGUCCGUCCGCCUCGUCCAGUGGCAGGAUUCAGGGGAACUGUUCGCUAUGCCUCGAUCAACGCUCACAAGAACAAGGAAAUGGGUCGGCAUGAUGACCUGUGGUCUCUCUUUUACAUGCUAGUGGAGUUCAUGGUGGGCCAGCUUCCCUGGAGAAAAGUCAAGGACAAAGAGCAAGUAGGGAACCUGAAGGAGACCUACGACCAUCGCCUCAUGCUUAAACACCUCCCUGUAGAGUUUAGCGUUUUUCUCGACCACAUCUCAGGCCUCGACUACUACACCAAACCUGACUAUCAGCUCCUGACGUCGGUGUUUGAGAACAGCAUGAAGACGUAUAACGUUAUGGAGAACGACCCGUAUGACUGGGAGAGGAGCGACUCGGAGGGCUCCCUUACAGUCUCAGCUCUAGCGACCACGGGCCAGCAGCUGACUCGUCUCACACCAGCGUACUUGGGCAUGGCCAACGCAUCUGCGAUACCGGGCGACAUGCAGCGUGAGAACACGGAGGACGUCCUUCAGGGCGAGCGGCUCAGCGAAGCAGACAAUUGCUCGCCGAUCCCGGCUCAGCACGCUCAGGGAGCUGACGUAUGGGAGGAGAUGGAACGUAGCAGAGAACGCAACCGCAAUCACAUCCAACCACAGAUUAGAAAGGUGGCCAGCGAAGAUGAGAGGAGUAAAGAGGGCAAUCAGAGCCCCAACAGCGGCUCUGCGCAGGGCUCUCCGAGGCGGGUGCACUCCGAGACCUUACUCAUCGACCGCAUGGCGCCGCUCCUGAGGAGGAUGCGUCACAGCCACAGCAUGGGCUUGGACAAGAGACUGACUCCUGAACCCAAACCUACCAUUGAACGCUUCCUGGAAGCCUACUUAGGAAAGCAGCGACCAGUCCUACCUCAGGAGAGGAUCGGGUGUCGUCCCGAGCAGGGCUCUCUGGAGGAUGAAGAGGGGGCAGCCAGCAGUGGCUAUGUAGCAGUGAACCUCAGCCCGGUCCCGCAGGAGGGCGACUCUCAGGAGUGGGUGCUGGUGGAGCUGGAAGGUGGAAGCGGAUCAGCGUGCUCUAAGCCCGAGGAGGAGGAGCGCUCCACCAGUCCCCUGGCUCUGCCUCGCACCUGGUCCGACCCUCUGCCCCAGCGAGCCAGCACCCUCAGCGGCUCCGGAGAACUCCAUACUGCCCUCUGUCACACCGGCCCUCCGUUUACCCACCUUCCUGGAUUGCCAGGUCUGACAGGGUUUUCUGGCAUCACAGGGCUGAGGAGGCUGCCUACUAUACAGCCAGCAUCGAUGGCUCACAUUAAUAGAAGUCAGUUAGAGCAGUUAUCCAGCACUUUACCACAAUCCAUCCAUCUUCAGCAAAAGGGUGAAAGCGAUCCGGUUCAGGACUCUCCGACACUCGCUGCUGAAGACGACCCCAGUCAACCUCCGGGGAAUUCACCACCCAAAACCUCCUCGCGGCCUCCUGCCCCAGUGAACGAGCAGCUGAGCUCCGUCAAACCGACCGAGAAAGACGUGGAGAGUGACUCGGGUUGUCCCGACGUCGGUCCUUCUACGACUCCGAACCAGGGCGAGACCACUGGGGACACGGUCGAUGCAGGCCCCGUCUCCCCUGUCCCGGCUUCUCCUCGGGAAUUGUCCCCGCGGGCCAGCCGUAUUCCUGUCCGUGACCCAGACUCCCCCACCAGGAAGAAUUUUGCCCCGCUCUCACCAUCCCUCUCUUUAUCCUGCGAGCACUUCCCGUCAGCCCUGCUUCGUGACAAGUUCUCCUUCCCCUCCGAGCGAGGUUCUCGUGCAUCCGACUUCCAGGGAGAUGACCUGCUCUCGCUCUCCUCCUCCUCAAGCCCGCUGUCCAGCAGGAGCAAGAUCCCAAGGCCCAUAAGUCCAACACUAGUUCCAGACCAGUUCUCUGCUCGCUUCAUGCCACGCCCACCUCCAGGAAAACCUCCUCUCCGCCCAGGGGGAGAAAACAGGCGCAGACGUUACCGUAUCCGGGCCAGCAGCACUAGUGAUACGGAUCUCCUUGACAACCUCACCCAGCUGAUGCAAGAGCGAGGAGGCGUGGCUGUAUCCCGCUACCAACGUACCGCUUCCUCCAUACAGCGCUCGUUAAGCUCGUCCCCUUCUCGCUUCGAGGGAUGUCACAGCCAAGCCCCGCUCACCCUUUUAGGCUCCCCGCCGCCUCGGAUGUGCGAUGUACGAGUCAAACGUAGCGCCGGUUAUGGCGCUGGAGGAAGAGCAGGAAGCCCUGAGAGCAAAACCACUACCAAGGUGAACAAAUAAAAGAUUAAAGGUGAAGAAGUGACUGUUCUGGUGGACCACUGAUUACUUUAUGAUGAUUCAUGGAUUUGAAAGGAUUCAUUUGGUUACAAGCAGCUUUUAAAGUGGUAAUAAUGAGGGUGUGGGCAGGGGCGUAACCUGGCCUGGGCAUUCGGGGCUGUAUCCACGAAGAUUUUUUUUUUUUCUUUAUCCCUGAAUAAUUCUCCACUUGGAGCGGUUUGUCACUACGUAACUGAACGUCAGUAAAAGAAGACGUCCUGAAGACGUUUAUAUCUUCAGUGAACGGAGGCGAGACCAAUCAGACAGGGUUUACAGGAAAAUACGUGGAAAUACUCGCGUCCUAUUGGCUGACGGGUCUCAAUUCUGCCACACGCUAGCUCACACAGUCAGACCACGAUUUUUAAAAAUAUCGAUUUAUUUAUUUAUUUAAACCAGUAAAGGAGUUUAAACUGAAACACUAACGUCCUCUGAUGCUGAGCAGGAAAACGAGUGUAAACGUCUGUAUGAGAUCCAGUUUACGUGAACAUGAUACGAGCAGAGCAUAAGGAAAGAUAAUGUUCUCUACAUGGCUCUGUAGCAGCUAAACCCGUACAGUGAUCGCUUAGCUGCGCCUCGCCUUGGCUAGCGACUCCAAACUAGCCUAGUUAGAAAAAUUUUAUAUUUUAUCGCUCUGGUCGUCCUACAAACAGCAACAACACCCGAGGUUUUAUGAUAAAUCCAACUUUUUUCCGAUCAUGUCAUACAUUGACAGCAGACUGACCUCAGCGUCCAUAAAACAAAACUCUAGGCUACUAGCCGAGCGUGAAAAAAUGCAUGGAGACAGUCUAUUUAGAAAAACGUUUUUAAACUCUUUUUUUUUAUUUAUUUUUUUUAAUUGUGAAGAAUCUAGGCUCAGCCCCGGAUGAUUAACAGUCCAGCUAACGCCCCUGAGUGUGUGUGUGUGUGUGGGGGGGAGGGGGGGACAAAGUCUAAUAUAGACUUUGUCUAUUUCAGUAAAGUGAAGUGGGGAACGAAAAAAAUUCAAAUGGGAAAACAAAAAAAUUGAAGCCAACAGUGUUGGUUGAGAUUACUUGAAAGCAUUGUAUAUAAGCCAUUUUGUCAUACCUCCGACAUUCCCAUACCGCGCUCCAUUUCUCCAUAAUCCAUAUUGCUCAUUAAUUCAUUGGUGUGUUUGUUCCAUUUAAAUCUUCCAUGUGUCGUGUACCCUCCUGUGGAAACGUCCAAGCACGCCAAGGAUUUUUUUACAAACUCCCGAGACUCCGUCAUCGUCAUAAAGCCUUCUCGCCGUGCAUCACGAUCAACCUAGCGUACGGUCAGUUCACGGCUCGCUCCUGCAUCUCGCCGCCAUUUUUACGUGGAUUAAAUUAGACCGGGCAAAAACGACAUGUUUGGUGUCUGAAGUUUGCUUCUUUCAUUGUGCGCUGGAGCAACAAGUCUAAAUGACGUCUAUAGCUACCAGUUUAGCAUUGUGCAGUAGCAUCUCUAUUAGUAGCUAAUUCAUCACACACUCGUCUCGGCAAGGUCACACCAGAGAAUAUGCAAAUAACAUAUUUAUCAUCACGUGAUUUAAUAUAUUGUAUGACGUUAUAUUAUUAUAUAAUAAUCUCACGAUGCAAGCUUUGGGUCACGCCUCCGGCCCAGUAGGAGUGACGCCAAACGAUCAAAACUGUAUACCGAGGAGAUUUUUAGCUCUGAUCUCUUGCAGUGUCAGAAUUUUGACACAAAACACACUAGCUAGUCAGCGCUUUCUCCCAGACACGUGAAGCCACGGCAUCUUUUCGAAACCCGUGCCGUUCACGCCACGUGAAAGGAGAAAAGCGCGAUCAACCGAUCCGCCCUGUUCCGCAUACACAAGCUCGCAAGGCGCCCGGGAAUCGCCGCGAUCGAUAGGACACGCGUGUGCGCACGCCCGAUUUGACUCUCUCGCGAUCUUCCGGCGAUCUUCCAGCUUUCAGAUUCCUACAGCUCCGCAACACACAUCGUGCAAAUGAGCGCGUAUGACACAAUGCUCACGAGUAAACCUUGCUUAGAUAGUUUUUUGCUAAUCACGGAAACCUACCUGUAAAAUACCGAAAUGAGAUCAAAUAAAAAACAGACUAUGGUAUAGCUGGAAUAUUAUAUUUAACACGUAGCUAUGACUAGCGAAGACGUGCAUCAGUCCUACGUUUUCACAGGAGCGUAUUAUAUUACAGACCGUACACUACACGGAUCAUGUGCCAAUAUAUUUCUAUCACUUUUAUUUUUAUGGAAUCGCUUGUUUACUUUUAUGUUAUUUUGCUCGAACCUGUGUCAGACAUGUAUUUGAAAUCUGGCCUUUUUUUAGUUUAUUUUUUAAAAUCCAAAACAGUGGAAUAAACAUAUCGUGUUUGUUUAAAAAAACAACAACAACAACAGUAUUUGCAUACACAUUUACACGAACUUGCUUCACAUGGAUUCUGCAUCUGUGUUAUAUUUUUACUUUUUUAUUUUAUUUUUUAUUUGUCUUUUCGCUCUACCCAUGUAUCAGUGAGCGAUUUGCUCAUUCAUGCUGUGUGUUUGUGUAUGUGUGUAUAUAUAUAUAUAUAUAUAUAUAUAUAUAUACACACUCACAAAAAGAAACAUUGUAUGUAUAGUCACGUAUGUUACAAGCAAGCAUGUGUAUAUACUGUAUGUAUUUCAGGGAAUGUACUUACUGUAAACUACAUUAUCUAUCAUAGAAUGUAUUUAUUUAUUUAUUUAUUAAUUAGACGUGUUAAGAUGACAAUGUAGCCCAGCUGUUCGUUACUGAGCGUCUUUAUCUCUUCAGCGCUUUUCAGAACGUUCAAAAAAAAAAAACAACCACCACCACCAUUAUCGAAUGGCAGAUUAGCACUGUGGACAGAGUUUGUCAUUUGAACAAAUCGCUGUAGUUCUCUGACAAUAUCAUGAGCAAAUCGCAAAUCAGCACGAUGUCAAUUUAAUCAUUCCGGGGGGGGGAGUAAUAUCUGUACAUUAUUAAUGCUUCAACGAUGUGUCUUGCAUUAUUAUUAUUAUUAUUAUUAUUUUAUUUUUUUUGUACUGGAUGAGUCUGGAAGGUAAACGGGCGCUGCAGAGAUGCAUGUCAGGUGGCUGUAAUUAAUUAAGGACAUCAAAUCAGGAUUAUAAAAAAAAAAACUCAACCGAACUUGUUAACGUUAGCGUCGCGUGUUCAUCCCGCUGUAGCCGUGUGUACGACGGAGUUAGGCUAGUGCUUUUGUUCUUCACCUCUGAAAGAAAGUAUCUAUUUACUUGACAUAACAUCAGUAGAGCCCCUGAUAUAGUAUAACACGGCCUAUUACUUAAGCAAUGUACAGAAUUUGAAGUGUAUAUAGAUAUAAAUACGUUCAAAGGGGGAAAGAAAGCUUCAUGCUUCAUGUAACGUAUUUUGCUAACAAACAUCAUUCAGUUACGAAGAAAAGUCACUACAUUGGAAUGUACAUGUAUUCAUAUAAACAUAAUAAAUACUGACGUGCAAAAGA